AUGGGCUGGUGGUGGAGUUCGUCUUCUUCUCCUUCCAAAAACAAACCACAAAUUAUCUCUUCAUCCGAUAGUACGCAACCAGCGCCAGAGAACUCCGGGGCACCUCUAUCGCAACCGCGGACAUUAACUCGCGAAGAACGAGCAGAUGCGGAAUUGAGGCAAUUGCUAGCCAGCCUGGAGGGAGACAUUAAUAAAGGAUCUGAGGCAUCACAAGAGUCACCGUCCUCCGCAGGAUCACCAGAGCCCACGUCAUCACCCCCGUCUUCCAUAGCACCCGAAUCUCUCUACCCCGAUACAAUGUCCUGUCGUUCUGCAUUCGACUACGCAUUUUUCUGUCAAUCAUUCGGCGGGCAGUUCGUCAAUGUUUACCGAUAUGGCGAGUUGCGGUCGUGCAGUGAACAUUGGGAUAAUUUCUGGCUGUGCAUGAAGGCCAGGACGUGGUCGGAUGGUGCUCGUAAGAAGGCAGUCAGAGACCACUAUCGCAAGAAGGCCAUCAAGUAUAAGACAGGGCCCAGUAGUGAGGAUGUCUGGGAUCUCCGGACAGAGCCAGUUCGGAAUGCCUUUGAAGGGGAUUUCGCUGCCCUUGAGAAGGAGAUGCAAGCGGAGGAAGAAGCACAGGGAGCUGGUGCCGCUUAG